CCCUCCCCUGCCCUCCCCGCCGCAGAAGCGAAAGUAACCGGGGCUGGGGCCGCGCCGCCCCGUCCCGCACCGCACGAUGCCCCUCGCCGUGGCGCCCGGCCUCCUCCUGCUGCUGCUGCUGCUGGCGAGCGGGGCCCGGGGCGCCCUGGUGGUCUCCGUCCCCGCCUCCCCGGUGCGGGCCCAGCCGGGCUCCGACCUGCUCCUGGGCUGUCACUUCUCCGUGGGGGGGCCCGUGGACAUGCAGGCGCUGGUGGUGCAGUGGAAGCUGGGGGACCGCCUGGUGGCCGAGUUCGAUGAGGUCCUGUCGUACCCCAGGGCUGGGGCCAGACUGUUCCUGGACGAGCUGCGGGUCGGCAACGCCUCCCUGCUCCUCCCGCGGGUGGGGGGCGCCGACGCCGGGCUCUACACCUGCUUCGUCAUCCACUCCCCGAGCCGGGAGAGUCAGCAGCUGGAGCUGCGCGUGGAAGCCCCACCCCGUGUCUCGGUGAGUGGCACCGUGGUGAGGGCCGGCGAGCGCAGAAACGUGACCUGCAACGUGAGCCACUUCUAUCCCAAGAGCGUGAUCGUCACGUGGCUGCGGGACAAGCAGGUCGUGGGGGGCCCCGAGACGCCCCACGCCCAGCUGGGCCCUGACGGCCUGUACAGCGCGACCAGCGUCCUCCAGCUCGUACCCAGCAUCUCCCUCGCCGACGCCAACUACUCCUGCCAGGUGCAGCACGUCGCUCUGGGGGCGCCGAUCCAGGAGCUCUUCCGGCUGAGCGUGUUGUCCCAGCCACGACUGACCCUGCUGCAGCCGCUGGUGACGCUGGAGGGGCAGGUCAUUCUGCAGUGCCUGGUGAGAGGCUACCACCCCCCCGAGAUCACGGUGCAAUGGCUGCGGGACGGGAAGCCCCUGCUCACCAUGGAGUCGUCCCCCACGAAGGAAGCAGAUGGGUCCUUCGCCCUCCGCAGCAGCUACAUCCUCGACCGGCCAGAGAGCAACGCCCAGGCCAAUUUCGCUUGCCACGUGCAGCACCCGGCGCUGAGCACCCCGCUGGAGAGCACAGCCACCUGGACAGUCCCCACGUGCCCCCGGUUAUGGAUAUGGAUAUGGAUAUUGCUGGUCAUCGUACUGAUCCUGCUGGCGCUUCUCGUGUGGAUCAUGUACCAGCUCCUUAACAUCAGCAUGUCCCCGAUCCGUGCCUGGGAGUGUUGGCCGAAGGGCGGCGUCACCGUGCUGCUCUGCGGGGUGGAGGGGAGGCUCCGCGACACAGACAGCCUGGCCUGGAGCAGCCUGCGCCUGGGGAAGGUGCUGGGCCCUGGGCAGCCCGGGGAGCUGAGUGCACUGAAGCCGGAGCAGCGCCACGUGGUGACGUGGCGGCGCCGCCUCGGGCUGGGCAGGCAGCAGCUCAUGUCGGUCCUCACCGUGCAGACCCCGUGUAACGAAGAAACUUUCAGCUGCACGUUCCGGCCGAGCACAAGGGACGUGCAGCAGAGACAGAUCACAAUCCCCGGCGUGGCGGCGGGUGGCCCCCCUCUCGAUGGAGACACGUCCGUUUUUUGACUGUCCUGCACUCACGCCACGGCCGGUGCUGGGGAGACAGAGCCAGCUGCAAACCGCUGGGAGAGGAGAGAACAAACUGACCCCUUGUGAUGCUGUGUGAUCGGCAUGUGACCGUGCACAGCACUGGUGUUGCCACAGUGCUACAACUGCAAGAGAACUUGUACCAAGCACGUCAUGUCCGGCGUCACUGGGAAAGUUGUGAAUUGCUAAGUGUGGAUAUCCUGCUUAUAUGUGUAGCCCCCAUCCCCCGUUCACCGGCCCAGAAUGAGGUGGUUCAGGAUCGGGGAAGCCUGUUUGUGACCCUUUACACAACUUUAGGGGACUGGGCCUGAGCCUCCUGUGUGUGCUCUGCGUUGUGUGUCAGUGUGUUCACCUCAGACCAGACCCACUCAGACAAACCACCAGAGAGCGCGACCACACUGUCCCGUAAAGGCGCUUUAAGCUGCUAAGUGUUGACUCAGGCUACGGCUACAUGAGAGACUUCAAAGCGCUGCCCUCUGAGCGCUCCCGCGGCAGCACUUUGAUGUGCAAGUGCACGAGUGUGGUUGUGCGUGAGACAGCUCUCCCAGCGCUCCUGGUCAUCCGCCGCCGCAAGGGGAGUCGCUCCGAGCUCCGGGAGCCUGUCUACACUAGCGCUUUAAAGCGCUCUGACUUGCUGCGCUCAGGGGGGUGAUAUUUCUCACCUUGAGCCAGCAAGUUAGAGCGCUGUCAAAUGUGCGUGUAGACAAGGCCUCAGCCCCUGUGUCUGUUCCUGGGGUAACACCCCCAGGCAGGUUACAUCCAGUCUAGGCAGCACAACAUGACUGGACUGUUCGAGUUCGAUGGCCCGUUAAAGGAGACGCCCCUAACCCUAGAGGGAGCUGGUGAGUGAGCCUUCCUGCGGGUGCCCCAGCCAGAAUCCGGGCAAUGGCUGCCGAUGAGACUCAUGUGACGUGCUCAUGUGACCCUGGACUCCAUCUUGGGCCGGUAAUUUUCCACAGUCUGUGCCUGUGGGCUGUGUUUGGGACAGUAAAAUUCCCAGCACCUGGCAGAGGCUAUAAAAGACCCUGAGACAUCUGCAAUUGGGCUUCGUGUCCUGCUCUGAUUCUCCGGACUGUGGAUUUACAGCUACAAGGGUCAUUUGAACUGUGACUGAGGGCCAUCCAGUCUUUUGGAAGUUGGCUACAAGGCUUUACAAGCCAGCCGUCUAUUCCAUCCCUGCUACAGGCCUGAUCCAAGAACACGCCAUUGUUGUCAGCAUAUGAGCUAUUAACCAUGUGUAACGCUCGUCGUCUUCUCUUCUCUAUGAAUAAACCUUCAGCUAUUAACUACUAACGGGCUGGCAGCGGCGUGGUUAUUGGGUAAGAGCUGAGUUCGUUUGGCCUGGCUCUGUGCCUGAUCUCUUCAUGGCCCAUGUUAGAGUUCGAUUCGGCCCAGAGGGAGGCAGCUGCAGGAAGCUGGACGGGCGGCUGGAUGAGCUGGGGGACAAAGGACUGAGGAGGGGCCAGGCAGGGUUGUUAAGCGUGGGCUGCUGGAAGAUGCAGACUCUCCUGAACUGGGGAAAAGGGGGGUCAGAGGGCGCUGGGCUGAGCAGGCGGGACCCUGCUGUAACUUUGGGUUCUCUGUUUGCCAUCCAAGCCCUUCUAUGCCGUGUCCCAGACAGCUGAUAACCCGACUGCUCUUACCCCGGAAGUGUCAGUUCCUAUCAGCCAGGCAUGUUCUGUUGUGAAUGGAGCCACUGACUUUCCUUGUGGAAGAUCCAGUGUGGGGAGCUUCGAGAAGGUCUCAGACGGAGUAAAAGCUGGUGAGGAAUUUAAACAGCCCUGUAACCGAGUGGCCAGCUUGUUGGGGAGACCAGGCUGUGGGACAGGACUGUCUCCAGGCAGACUCUGGGAGUGAGCAGUCUGGGCUGCAGUUUCAGAGGGAAGACGGGGCAGCUGAGUCUGCAGAGCAGGACAGCUGGGCGGUUCAUCUCUGGAGAGUGCAGGGGGUGGCAGGUAAACGCUCAUCUCUAGACACUUGGGAUGUGACUUGUGGUCUCUCAGCGAACUUAACAUCUGAAACCCUGAGCCACAAGGAUUGAGAUCCCCAGUCACUGACUGGAGUCACCCUGAGUAUGGCCAUUGGACUAGAACCUGGGCUUGGAAAAGGGGCAGAACAAACUUUUGCCUUCACGUCAGUUUGGGAACAUAGUGCUGACAACUCCUGCUGGCAGCAUGGACCAUGGGGAAACAAGGCGAAAACACCGGAGGCAAAAUCCUGGGAUUCUUUUUCUAAAACUUGUAAAACAGGCAAACUAAUAAACUGUUCAAAUGGAGGAAAACAAACAAACAAAAACCCACCACCUCUGGACUGUUUCUAAAAGGACUCUUGUCAACUACAAGCUCAUCUCUGCUGUGUAUCUGAACCUCCAGAAU